AUGAGCAGCAAUCCUCGGACCGGCAACGCCGCGUUUCAGCAAGACAUUUAUGAGUUUGUAAGUGCUUUAUGUUUGUUGUCUAAGCCUUUAGGACGCUUACCGAUCAUUUCUUACACUUUGUUUCGCCAGUUUUUACCAGUUUUGAGCCAGAGAAAAACUUGAUCCAUUUGGGUCAAGUUUUCCGCUCAUUCAAAAACCCUUUGAAAAGCUUUGAAAUCAAGUGCACAAGCAUUUGUAACAUAUUUUACAGUUCUGCAUUUAUCAUCGAAUCCGAAAACUGGCCCCGAAAGAGGCGACGAGUCCAGCCAAUCAGAACGCGGCCGAAGAGAAAGUGACCAGCGAACAGCGCGGCCAACAGCUCAACCGUUCGCUCUACAAGAUCCUCAAUGAAAUCGAAGGCCGUAUUGUGCUGCUGCCCUCGUCCGCAGAGCCUCCGACCGCCGACUACUUUGACGAAUGGGCAUUUUUGACAUGGACUUUGUUGUCGAUCAUCAAUCGAUUGGAGAAGGAGGCCGAUGAAUUGUGCGGCUUUUUGGACUACGGAGGAAAGCAUUUCCAGGUAAGUGGCUGGUUUGGGGCUACUGGAAAUUUGUUAAACUUGAUCUUGAGUGCUUCGAAAACCAGAAAUUUUGGAUUUUAAAUCUUUAAAAAAUAGAAAAAAUAGCGAAAGUGACAAUUUCGCUUCCCGACUUUUCGAGUCAACGACUGUUCGGGUCAUCAUAAAAUCGAUCGUAGGGCAGGUGAAUACACUAAAAAAAAGUUGUAAAGAAGAACCUAUGAGGCCUGGCAAGGCCGUUGGAUGGCCGGCGGACGCUUGGCGAAGGCUCGGCGGAGACUUGGCGGAGACUUGCCGAAGCCUUGCCAUAUGUCCACCUUCUGUAAUUUUUGCUAUUAUAACAUUAGUUUUCUUUACCCUGGGUUAUUGUAUAGGUUAUAAGCUAUCCUAGGACCCGAUCAAUCUUAUUAUUAUAUUUCUACUAAUUAAGCUUUCUCCUGGCCUCCCCAUGCAUACAACGACGAACUGAGGCGAUCCGUAGUAUCGUUGACCCGAAAAGUCGUAGCGCCGACAAUUUGACGUCAAGUUGGCGCCAUAUUGAAAAAGUCUGUCAAAUUACCACUCCUACUCUAAAUUUUUCAUAGGGUUGCUUUAUACUGUCCUCUCGAUCAAUUUUUACGACCUAAGCUCAUUUCUACACUAUGUUCUUUCCGAGAGAAACACUUGACCCAAAACUUUUUUUUCUAAAAAAUCCACAAAUUUCAGGAAAAAAUCCAUGCAGCUCUGGUGGACCUGGUCAACAAAGCCCAACGAAUGCAACCACCCGUCGGAGUCUCUAAAACCGACAGUAAUUUCGAUCGAUUCUACCAAGCUUAUGUCACGUCUCUCAUAUCCCUCCAUGAUCUUUACACCAUGUGUCAGCAGAAGUACGUCACUCCCGAGUUUGAGGCUCAGAUCGCGCUGUUCAAGGACCAACUGAUCAAUUGUUUCCAACUGCAGCGGGAGUUUUGUAAUGCGGUAGGUUACGGGUUUUUUUCGGAAUUUUCUUGAUUUUUAUGGAAUUUCUUAAAAUUUUAAUCCGAAUUUUGACUCUUCAGCAUGGCUAUUACGUGUGGAAUCAGUUGAGGACAACGCAAAUCCAAAAAAUGACUCGAUACGGCUUCAACAACAAAGGAUUUUUGUCAGUGGCUAUGUCAUUUUACAGCCAUAUGUUGUACAAUCUCGGUGUGCUGGCAGCACGAUUGCAGGUUACUUUGGUAAGUUACUACAGGAAAUGCUACUAAUCUGAGCUAUAUUUUCGGAAUUUUUGGGAGUUUUGAUCAAGGAAAACACUUGACUCAGAUGGGUCAUGUCUUCCUCUUGGCAAGCAAAACUCGAAUUUCAUUUGAAACCACAUAGGCAGCACGUUACGUCUUUGUUUUUUUGUUUGCAAAAAUAUUCAUAGUGUAUUUUAGACAGUAUGAUUUAUUUUUUAUUGCGAGGGGAAGACUUGACACAAGAUUUUUUAAAAACCGACGUUUUAGUAAAAAUCGUAUUGAAGCGCGAUUUUAUCGAAGUGCUGGUACAUUUUAACACCAUUUUGACCCGACUCAAAUUUACCGAAGCCGAUAGAUUACACUAGACUAUCGAUUUUGGGUCAAGUUUUUCUCUAGUCAAGCUUUUUUCCGAGAAUCGAAAAUUGGGCUUGGAAUACAUCCGUCCAAUUUUUAUCCUAUUUUUUAAUAAACUAACCCUCAAUCUUUCCAGGGUUUCUGUUAUGGUGCGAGGGCGGCGAAAGGAAUGGCCAAGCCUGAACUUAUCUCGCCACUCCUCAAAAUGGUCUACAACAUGGUGGAGAUGCUGUUGAGCGACUCCAUAAUCUGCAUCGAACCGAGUCAGAAUGCGAUUUUGGUGACGAACAAUCUUUUUCCCACAAAAAUUGCUUCGCUUUGCCGCUGCACCUUGUUCAAGGAGUAUUCGCUUCAAAUUGUUAGUGAGGAAGGUGAGUAAUUUUAGUAUUAUUGAUAUAUUUUUCAACCAUGUUGUUCAAUUUUGAUCACUAGCUUAUUUUUGAAAUAUUUCUGAGCUUUUUGUGCGAUUAUUCGAUAAAUUUCUAUCGAAGGGAAGACUUGACCCAAAUUUUGUUCAAAGCAAACUUUAUCAAUUUUUGUUUUGAAUAAUAUUUGAAAUAGUCUUAAAUUUACUCUUUUAUUAUCAUUUUACUCCUCGAAGUUACUAAAUUUCAAGUUUUGAGUCAAGUCUUCCCCUCAAUUUCCAGAUUCAUAAAAUCAAGCUCAAAUUUCUCAAAAAUUGUUUCAUUCAGCUUGAAAAUUCUUCUAAUAAAUCUCUCCGUUACAGUAGCCCAACAAAUCCAGCAAGAAAUGCGUCAUCGAAAGACAUUCGAUCCUCCCGUCGCAGUCCGCCAAACCCCUUCGGCCGCGCUGUUGGCCAUGAAGCCGUCAAGUGGAGUGAAACGGAACAACGCCACCGCUUCUGAUGGCGGUGGAAAUACGGCGCACAAAAAGAGUGAUGUCAACUCCAAAGAGUGGAUUUCCAUUCCGCCUUCGUUUGAUCCAGAAUACCAGUCUUGGAUUGCAACGUAUCCACAUUUGUUAUGCACUACAAGGCAAAAAGUAAGGGUUGGCUUUUUGUUGAGAGGUCUUCUGGUAGUUGUUUGUAUUUCUUGGAAUAGUUUUUGAAGCCUUUUGGAGACGUUUUCGACGGGGUAAGGAGAGGGAAACACUUGACCCAAAAAUCAAGAUUAAGCUAAUGCUGGAAGAUUACUACGAGAAAUUAAAAUUAGACGCUUUCUCCGCAUUCGAGGAGUUCUUUACGACCUCCGGCCCUGUUAUUCCUUCGCUUGAGACAAGUCUUUCGUUCAGAGGAAAACUUUACACAAAAUUUUUAAAAUUAGCCUUUAGCUGAAACUUAUAUUUUUACCAACUGUUGAACGCUUUAUAAAAUUAUUUUUGACUAUUUUAUUCCUUUGGGUCAUCUGUCUCUCCACUUUUCCAAGCCUUGUGUCAACUCUUCCCCUCGCUGAUUUCCACCUUUCCAGGACGCCUUGCUGGACUCACGAUCUGCUGGUCAGACCGGAAAACGUCCGUUGUUCUACUUCCACGUGAAGGCCGAGAUGUUCAGCUUCACCGGCGGCCUUCAAACCGCUCACACCUUAUCCAUGCCAUUCGCAAUCGCUACCCGGCGAAACCAAGACUGUCAAGUCCAACGAAUGAUGAGUUCGUAUACGGCGACUUGCUUCUGGAUGUACGGGACAGCCGCACUGGAUGGGCUGCUGCUUCAGUGGUACGAUAAUUCAAUAGAUUGGAAAGCGUUCAAGGAUCUGUAUGCGCAGUACUUUGCGAUGAAUGCGGAGGUGAAUAGAACGCUGACGGAUGAGGACUUUUUGAUCUUGAGAAACAAGAUGCAUUGUCCUGAAUGCAGUGAACGUAAGUUUUCCGAAGUCUCGAGCAAUUUUCGAAUUUUGGGUCAUGUGUUUCUCUCAACUUUUUUUCGAGGGAAACAGUUGACCCAUAAGUUUUUUAGAGUAAAAAAUGCCGUAAAAUACAGUAAAUUAAGUCUUACAAUUUUUAAUUUCACGGUUUGCAAAAUUUUGAGAUUGGGUCAAGUCUCAUCUUUGUUAUUAAAGAGACAUGACUCUACAAAAAUACUUGUUAAAAUCGAUUUUAGCGUACGUGACAUCUACAUUUACGUUUUAAAACUAAUUUUCUCCGUAAUUCCCGCAGUUUGUGAUUUUUGGGUCAAGUGUUUCUCUCAAUCAAAAAUGAGAGGAAAACUUGACUCGACAUCUCUUAAAGAUCAAAAACAGUCUGAAAAUUGAUUUCAUCAUGAACACUUCAGAUAACACUCCCUACAACGCCUACGAAGUUCCUUCAAUCGCUUUUCGCAACGUCCUCUGCCCCCAUUUGCACUACUCCGUCGGCAAGACCGACGUCAAGUUCAGCGUGUGGAGAGGGAUGUUGGAGCUUCUGCAUUUGUUCAGCGACCAACGGACCGAGAUCAAGACUCUUUGGGAAGCCGGCUUGCUCAAUGGGUUCAUGGAACGGCAAAAGAUUGCGUUGCAACUUUCAAGGAUUGAGUCGGGGCUAAUAAUGUACCUGUCGUUUGUCAUGGGUGGCUGUGUUUGCUUCUCAGUCAAAUCGGGGGCUCAGAUCUUGCACUUGGAACCGCUGGAUUUGAGGAAACUGCAGGUAAAUUUGGCCGAAAUUGAGUUUUUUUUUUGGAUUUUACCGAGUUUUCGCAAAUUUUUAACAAUUUUUGUGGCUUAGAGGGCUUUCAAACGUUGUAAAAUCGGCUUUAAUUCUUUUGAAAAGUUCAUUUCCACAGUUUUCCCUCUACUUUACAACAAGCGGAACACUUGACCCAACCCGAGUCAACUGUUCCGCUUGACAUAAAAGUUGGCUAAAAUGCUCAAAUUUUAUUUUUCAGGCCAAAUCGCUUCACGAAUACCUUCGAGACAUCCUGAUUGCCGAGAAAGUGGAGUAUUUAUACACGGCCAAUCAUGAAUGGAUGCUAGUUUCCGAGGCCAUGAAAGAGUGCCCCAAAUCCUCCGAUUUCUUCUCUCAAGCCCAGCCAACUCAACGAGAAAUCACUUCCAACUUGGUUCAUACGGAGGGAAUUGAUGUUGAGGAAACUCAAUGGUAAGUUGCCGGGCGAUUUUAUGGGCUGUUUUGGGCCUUGAGUCAAGUCUCUCUUUUGAGGAGCACAGUUGACCCAAAUAUAUAAAUAACAGUUUCAUAAGUAAUCGCGUAUUUUGCAAGCAACUUGGCCAUUGUGUUAUGCCAAAUCUCCAUUGGGUCAAGUGUUAUCUCCUUUGGGUCAAGUGUUUCCCUUGAAAGGAAGACUUGACUCAAAAACGGGAAUAUAGUGGCAUAUGGAUUGUUUAUAAAAAAUUUAGUCUCCAAGAAGACGAAUAACAAUAUUUUAUUUUAGUUUCACCCCAAUGCGAGUUGCUGUAGUCACCUGCAAACAAGCCGGUUCCGAGAACUACAAGUUUGAACAUGUAAGUGUAUAACCUUGGCUCUCAAGGCUUUCCAAAGUCGAAAAUCCAACUCUAACCUUAACUCUGACCUAAAAUUUUCAUUCCAGGAUAUUCCAUCGCUAAACAACGGGGAAGAAUUCGAAAUCGCCCUGGAAAAGUUGAUGAACAAGUUUGGGAAAACCCGAAUUGAUGUCAUCGAUGUUUUGAAUAGAAAGUCCGUUACAGCUGCCGCUUCAGUUCCCUCAACUGUUCAUCCGCCCGUGAGUGUGGGCUUCGGCGGCACAACACAGCCUCAGGCCUUCUCCAGCACCCACUCCAACGCUUUCUCCGCACCACCUCAGUAUCACUACGUGGACGUGCCGCAAAACCCGCCCAGAAUGCCACUGAAUCAUCGAUGGACCGCGCCGCCCGGCGAUGACAAAUUCUGGCCUCCUUUGACGUUGCAUUGGAGUGGGCAUUCCGAACCCGACACCACGUAUAGUAACAGCAAUGGAGUCGACAUCAUAUCACUCAUGCCUCCCACGGUGGACUCUACUCUAAAGUACCCAUAG